UAUAUGCGUAUGUUGGUACUACCAGUUUGCGUAACAUACUACUUUGCCAACUUAAAAUAUUUAAUUGCCUAUCUCUUUGUAGGUUAUGUGGUUUUUAGUAAUUCUUGGUGAAUAUAUCAUAUAAAGUAGUUGUUGGGAUUAAGUUUUCGUGGUUGUGGAAGUUAAAUAAUUGUGCGUAUUUGUGACCAAUGUUCAGCAAACCUGAACAACUAAUUAAACGUACUGGCAAAAAAGGAGUUAGUCGAUAUGACUACUUACAACAACUAGUCGCCGAAUUUCAAGAGACAGAUUCAACCGAAGCUAAGGAGCAGGUGCUUGCAAAUCUAGCGAAUUUUGCGUAUGAUCCAAUUAAUUAUGAGUUUCUGCGCAAGUUAAAUGUCAUUGAUCUAUUCCUCGACCAACUUUCUGAAGAAAAUAUAAACUUUGUCCAGUUUGGUCUUGGGGGACUGUGUAAUUUGGCUCUCGACAUUGAGAAUAAGGAGUAUAUUCUGCACUGUAGUGGCGUGCGUAUUGUUGCUUCGUGCUUGUCAUCACGUGAUGAGGACACAGUUCUCUCAGCCAUAUCAACACUUAUGUUUCUGGCCACUCCGCAGUCCAAACCAGAUAUAACAUCACCAGAGAUUGUGGAUUGCAUGCUUCGAUUCUCAAGAAGUCGAAAUACUCGCCUCAAAAAUUUGGCAACAAUUUUCCUGGAAGAUUAUUGCACGCCUGAUCAAGUGGCAGAAGUAACAAAGGCCGAAUCACAGUCACUGACUGUUGAAAAUAUCCCACUGCCGCAAAAUUGACUGUUGGUGUGAAAUGAAAACUUCAGUUUAUUCUAUAUAAAAACACUAUUUCAAAGCUGAAGUGUGACGGGGUGUGGAUUAUGACAUAAUUUUUGCUUUUUUAGAAUAAUAAAUUUUAAUGUGUUUAUGACAA